UGCAUCAUCAAAUAUCUACCGAUCAUGACUAGAAUUGUUCCAAACCGAUCGACUUUUCUUCCUAUAUAAACACCAACGUCAGACAGCACAAGUCAAGUUCAAGUCUUCUGAGGUAAGGCACAAGCAUUACAUCAAAGGAUGGACAAGGUGAUGAAGCUGGCGUCGCAACGGGCGGUGGUGGUCUUCAGCCGGAGCAACUGCUGCUUCUGCUACAGCGUGAAGAGCCUGUUCCAUGAGCUCGGCGUCAGCGCUGCCGUCCACGAGCUCGACGAGGACCCGAGCGGGCCGGAAAUGGAGAAGGCCCUCGCCAGGCUGCUGGGGCGCAAGCCACCGGUGCCGGCCGUGUUCAUCGGCGGCCAGCUGGUUGGGUCCACGGAGAAGAUCAUGACGCUGCACCUGGGUGGGGAUCUGGUGCCGCUGCUGAGAGAUGCUGGAGCUCUGUGGCUCUGAGGAUGACUAAAUACCGUGUGUUGGUUCUCAUGUCUCCUUCCUUUCCUCCUCCUCCUCCUCCUGUUCUUGCUGUUGCUGCCUGUAAUGUGCGAGUAAUAAUGCAGAGUCGUCUUCUUCAA